AUGGACAGCCUCCAGCGGAGCGUCAAACAAACGGACGGAAUGCUUCGUGCAGUCGUCCAGCAAUUGAGCAAGCAGAUCGCGACCAUGGGUACCUCGAACAGCAAUUCGAAACUCGCCCGCACUGCGAAGAAGCUCGAGGCUUCACUCGCCCAAGUCCAGCGUGUCCACGGACAUCUUGAGUAUGACCUCGGCAAGCUUGCAGCCAUCAUUGAGGGCUCUGCCGCCAAGGAGUCCGACAUUGAGCAAUCUACCGAUGAGGAAUCUGCCGACGAAGAAUCUUCCGAAGAUGAAUCUGUCAACGAGAAAGACAAGGCGCUGAGUCGGAUGGAGACGAAACUCGACUCGCUCACGACACAGGUCGCCGAGUUAGAACCCUUGGCCCUGCGGAGCGAGUCCAAGAUCGAUGAUGUCCUAAGUGUCUGCAAAACAGCAGACAAUUCCCAGACCCUGAGCGUUACUCGGCUUGUCGCUAUUGAGCACUCACUAUCCGAGAUCAAAAAGGGAAAUGGCGGCGGUACAUACCCGGGCGCCGUCGCCACCAACUCGGGGUCCCUUCCAGUCGUGGAACCUGCCAGGCCAGUUCCCCCGAGAGUCGACCAGCCAAAGCCUAAAAAACGGAAGAUCUCAUUCAUUGUUAGCAAUCCAGACCCGGCACAGUCUCACGAGGGCCAGCUGAGACAGCUGAGCGAUGACCAGAAAAAGAAUCUGCGGAAUUUCACCAAACUGCGGUCCCUCACGGAGGGGAUCCUCGAUCGGCUUGUCCCAUGCCCGGAUGGGCGCUUCUGGGAUGCGGAUCUCAUUUUUGAGCAUUUCCGGUCGCUCUGGGACACCCAGAGACUCUCCCUGCAGGUCGCUCAGCUUACGGAAUACAUGGAUGCGAAGAAGUCGCGGCUUUGGUUGUGCGUUCGGCGCAUGGCUACUAAUAGUCCCACCUCGCCGGCUUCGGACGGCGAAUGCGGGACCUGCAAAGUCUGGUGUGUCCAGCUAACACCAGUGGAGGCAGACAGUAAGAGCAAGGACAACCGAUACUACGCUCGGGUGGUGCGUAGCCGACGUGAUAGCUUACCGGUUAUUCGUGCCAUGUCUCCGCUGCUAUAA